AUGGGAGGCUGUUACUUGAUCAAUUUUUUAAAUGUCUUUGAUUGCUUGCCUGUACUUUCAAACAAAGCUGAAUCUUGUGGUGGUGUAGUCCAAGGACUGAAUGGUACCAUAGAAUCGCCUGGUUUCCCCCACGGCUAUCCCAACUACGCCAACUGUACAUGGCUGAUAAUAACAGGGGAGAGGAACCGAAUCCAGCUAACCUUCGUCACGCUGGCGUUGGAGGAAGACUUUGAUAUUGUAUCAGUUUAUGAUGGACAACCGUCGCCUGGCAACUUAAAAAUGAGAUUGUCAGGAUUCAUGCUGCCCUCCCCUAUAGUCAGCAGUGGAUCUAUAUUGGCGUUGUGGUUUACCACAGACUUUGCUGUCAGUGCACAAGGCUUCAAAGCUGUAUACGAAGUCCUGCCCAGCCAUACAUGUGGCACCCCUGGCCUCAUUCCAAAUGGAGUCAUUCAUGGCUCACGGUACAACAUGGGGGACAAGAUCCGAUACAGCUGUGAGUCAGGCUUUGUACUGGAAGGACACAGUAUCCUCACAUGUAUUGUAUCACCUGGCAGUGGAGCACAGUGGGACUUCCCAUCGCCAUUUUGUAGAGCGGAGGGAGCAUGUGGCGGUACGUUAAGAGGUACUGCAGGUUCAAUAACCAGCCCAGGAUACCCUGCAGAGUAUGACAACAACCUGGACUGUACAUGGUCAAUCCUGUCUGAACCCGGGGACACUAUAGCUCUUGUCUUCAAUGACUUCUUAUUAGAGGACAAAUAUGACUUCCUGGAAAUCAGCGGGACAGAAGCACCAAGCAUAUGGCUGACUGGUACAACCCUGCCCUCACCAGUGAUAUCAAAUAAGAACUGGCUUCGGAUACAUUUCACCUCAGAUAGCAACCAUCGAAGAAAAGGAUUCAGUGCUCAAUACCAAGUAAAAAAAGCAAUAGAGUUGAAGUCCAGAGGAGUGAAGAUGAUGCCUAGUAAAGACUCCAGUCACAAAAAUGCUGUCUUGAGUCAAAGCGGUCUUGCUGGUGAUGUUUGUCCAGAUCCUGGAGUUCCAGAAAAUGGCAAGAGGAUGGGCUCAGCCUUCCAAGUUGGCUCCAGCGUCCAGUUCAGUUGCGAUGACAGCUAUGUACUGCAAGGAUCUAAAAGUAUCACUUGUCAAAGAGUCACUGACACGCUGGCUGCCUGGAGUGACCACAGACCCAUCUGCAGAACUCGGACCUGUGGAAGCAAUCUAAGGGGGCCCAAAGGUGUCAUAACUUCUCCUAACUACCCUGUUCAAUAUGAGAACAACGCACACUGUGUGUGGGUCAUCACUGCAAUGGACUCUGGGAAGGUGAUAAAGCUGUCAUUUGAAGAGUUUGACCUGGAAAGAGGAUAUGACACACUAACUGUGGGAGAUGGAGGAAAGAUAGGAGACACUCGGAGGGUACUCUAUGUACUUACUGGCUCCAGUGUCCCUGACCUCAUCGUCAGCUUGUCUAAUCAGAUGUGGCUACACCUGCAGUCAGACGAUACAAUCGGCUCAGCCGGAUUCAAGGCAGUGUAUGAAGAGAUCGAACGAGGAGGCUGUGGUGAUCCCGGAGUGCCGGCAUUUGGGCGCCGUAGCGGUGAUCGCUUUCAGCAUGGUGAUGUGUUGACGUUCUUUUGCCAGUCAGCCUUUGAACUGGUGGGAGAGAGGACUAUCACAUGCCAGCACAACAACCAGUGGUCUGGCAAUAAACCCAGUUGUGUCUUCUCAUGUUUCUUCAACUUCACGGCUCCAUCUGGGACUAUAUUGUCCCCGAACUACCCAGAGGAGUAUGGAAACAACCUGAACUGUGUGUGGUUGAUUAUCUCUGAACCUGGGAGCCGCAUUCAUCUCCUAUUCUCUGACUUUGACCUGGAGCCACAGUUUGACUGGUUGGUGGUCAAAGAUGAAGGCCUGUCUGAGCCAACAACAUUUGGGACGUUCUCAGGAAAAGAUGUUCCAUCACAGAUCGCCUCAAACGGACACAUCAUCAGACUGGAAUUUCAGUCUGAUCAUUCUAAUACUGGAAAAGGCUUCAAUAUCAGUUAUACCACAUUUGGUCAGAAUGAAUGUCAUGAUCCAGGUGUUCCUGUCAAUGGUCAAAGGUAUGGUGACCAGUUUCAGCUGGGCAGCUCUGUGGCUUUUCGUUGCGAUCAAGGAUUCAUUAGGACACAGGGAUCUGAUCAGGUGACUUGCAUCAUCCAGGAUGGAAAUGUUGUUUGGUCUGCGGCUGUACCUCGCUGUGAAGCUCCAUGUGGAGGCCAUCUCACUGCUCCAACUGGUGUUCUGCUGUCUCCUGGUUGGCCCUCCUUUUAUAAAGAUUCUCUCAACUGCCAGUGGGUGAUUGAAGCACAGCCAGACCAUGCUGUGAAGAUCCACUUUGACAGGUUCCAGACUGAGGUCAACUAUGACACACUAGAAAUCAGGGAUGGCCCCUCAGCCUCCUCUCCCCUGAUCGGUGAAUACCACGGCACUCAAGCACCUCAUUUCCUGAUUUCCACGUCCAACGUCCUGUUCCUGUUGUUCACUACAGACAACAGUCGCUCUGCAGCAGGCUUCAGCAUCAGAUAUGAAAGUGUGAAAAUGGAGUCAGACUCUUGUCUCGAUCCCGGUAUCCCAGUCAAUGGUCGUCGCUAUGGCAGCAGCUUUUCCAUUGGCUCCCGUGUCUCAUUUACAUGUGACCCAGGAUACACACUGAGUGAUCAGGAGCCCAUUGUUUGCGAGCAGAAUCAUCAGUGGAGUCACGCUCUUCCCAGUUGUGAUGCUCUUUGUGGAGGCUAUGUCUACGGUAAAAUGGGAACAAUUCUGUCUCCUGGCUUUCCUGACUUCUACCCCAAUUCGCUUAACUGCACCUGGACUAUAGAGGUGUCUCAUGGGAAAGGAGUCCAUCUGGUUUUCCACACUUUCCAUCUGGAGGAGAACCAUGACUACCUUUCCAUCACUGAGGACAGCAAUUUCCAGGUUCCAGUAGUUCGACUCACUGGCUCAGUGCUGCCCCCUAGUGUCAAAGCAGGACUCUAUGGGAACUUCAGCGCUCAGCUACGUUUCAUAUCGGAUUUUUCCAUGAGUUAUGAAGGCUUCAAUAUUACUUUCUCAGAAUACGACUUAGAGCCAUGUGAGGAUCCCGGCGUUCCGGCAUUCAGCAGAAGGAUGGGAUUCAGAUUUCGAGUUGGCGACUCGCUGGCCUUCUCUUGUUUCAAUGGCUACCGACUUGAGGGAGACAGCAAAAUCACUUGUCUGGGGGGAGGCAGGCGGGUUUGGAGCAACACAUUACCACGAUGUAUCGCGGAGUGUGGAGCCUCCUCACUAGGACCAGAAGGCGUUCUCCUCUCACCUAACUUCCCCUCCAACUACGAUAACAACCAUGAGUGCAUCUACCGCAUCACUACAGAAAAUGGCAAAGGAAUCAGGCUGAAAGCUGAGAGCUUCUCACUGCAAGAUGGAGACUAUCUCAAGGCGUUCGAUGGAGAGAACACUUCAUCCCGUCUCCUUGGCAACUUCACACAUGAUGACAUGAUGGGUCAUGUCAUCAAUAGUACGUCCAAUCGCUUGUGGCUGGAGUUCAACAGCAACGCCUCUGGAACCAGUCAGGGCUUCCGCCUCACAUACACAAGUUUUGAUCUAGUGCGCUGCGAGGAACCAGGUGUCCCUAGUUAUGGCUAUAAGAUCCAGGACGACGGUCAUUAUGCCAACACUUUUGUCUUGUACUCCUGCAACCCUGGAUAUAGUCUCCAUGGUAGCAGUACACUGACCUGUCUUAGCGGGGACAGACGUGUCUGGGACAAACCGCUUCCUUCCUGUAUCGCGGAGUGUGGAGGUCACAUAACUGGAGCAGUGUCUGGUCGGAUUCUGUCUCCGGGAUAUCCUGCUCCUUAUGACAACAACCUCCACUGUACCUGGACUAUAGAGGCUGAUACGGGCAAGACUAUCAGCCUCCACUUCAUCGUCUUUGACACUGAGGUCGGCCACGAUAUCCUGAGAGUUUGGGAUGGUCCAUCUGGGCCAUCAGACGGAGGGAUACUAUUGAAAGAGUGGUCAGGCCCAGCCUUACCUGAAGAUAUCCACUCGACUUUCAACAUACUCACAUUACAGUUUGAUUCUGAUUAUUUCAUCAGCAAGCAAGGCUUUUCUAUACAGUUCUCCACCACUACAGCAACAACAUGCAAUGACCCAGGCAUCCCUGUAAAUGGUUCUCGAUACGGGGACAGUAAGGAGCCUGGUGACAGUAUGACGUUCCAAUGUGACCCAGGCUACCAGUUGCAAGGCCAGGACACCAUUACAUGUGUACGGAUGGAUAACAGAUUCUACUGGCAGCCUGACCCUCCAACGUGUGUCGCAACAUGUGGGGGUAAUGUCAGUGGUCCUUCAGGAGUAAUCCUGUCUCCUAACUACCCCCAGCCUUACCCCGCUGGGAAAGAGUGUGAUUGGAGAAUCCGAGUCAACCCUGACUUUGUUAUUGCUCUCAUCUUCAAAAGUUUCAACAUGGAGCCAAGUUACGACUUCCUGCACAUCUACGAGGGUGAAGAUUCUAAUGGGCCGUUAUUAGCAAGUCUCCAAGGCAACCAGGCCCCAGAGCGAAUAGAGAGCGGUGGUAACAGUCUCUUCCUGGCAUUCAGAUCUGACGCCUCACUGGGCAUGUCUGGGUUUGCCAUCGAAUAUAGAGAAAAACCAAGAGAGGCCUGUUUUGACCCUGGUAACAUUAUGAAUGCCAGUCGGACAGGUUAUGACUAUAAAUUGGGAUCUCAAGUCUCCUACAACUGUCACCAUGGAUACACAACAGUGGGCGGGGAAACCAUCACCUGCAUCAUGGGGCAUGAUGGGAAGCCGGUGUGGGACAGGGCUCUGCCAUCAUGUAAAGGUAGGGGAGACACAUCAAGAACUGCACCCUUACAAAAAAUAGACACCGUGAUGAUUGAAGGCUCAUUUACAGGAACCACUGCUCCCGCCCUCCUCAACUCAACGUCCAAUCAGCUCCUUCUGCACUUUCAGAGUGACAUCAGUGUGGUGGCAGCAGGCUUUCACCUAGAAUACAAGACUGUUGGUCUUACCACGUGUCCAGAGCCAAUGAUCCCAGCCAAUGGCAUUAAAACAGGGGACAGAUACAUGGUAAAUGAGGUGGUAGCAUUCACCUGUGAACCUGGGUACACGUUGCAGGGCCACUCUCACAUUUCCUGUAUGCCUGGGACUGUGCGUCGAUGGAAUUACCCACCUCCUCUUUGCAUAGCUCGUUGCGGCGGGGUGUUGUCUGAGAUGAGUGGUGUCAUCCUUAGUCCAGGUUUCCCUGGCAACUACCCCGGAAACUUGGACUGCACCUGGCAAAUCACCCUGCCAACUGGAUAUGGAGCCCAUAUUCAGUUUCAAAACUUCUCUUCUGAAGACAACCAUGACUUCCUGGAAGUCAGGGCUGGACCGCAGCACAGCUCUUCUCUUAUUGGACAGUUUACUGGCUCGCAGAUCCCCCCCCCUUUGCUGAGCACAACCCACCUGACAAUCAUCCACUUCUACAGUGACCACUCAGAGAACAGGGCGGGGUUCAAACUGACCUUUCAGGCCUAUCAACUUCAGAAUUGCCAGGACCCCUUUCCUUUCCCCAACGGCGACAUCAUAAACAGUGACUACAGCGCUGGCCAAUCAGUAACUUUUCAGUGCUACCCUGGUUAUGUUUUGAUCGGACACCCAGUGUUAACAUGCUUGCACGGGACCAACCGGAAGUGGAACCACCCAUUUCCACGCUGUGAAGCUCCCUGCGGUUAUAAUGUCACGGCCGAAAAUGGGACCAUCUAUUCACCUCAGUACCCCAAUGAAUACCCCAACUCCCAAGACUGUAGCUGGCUCAUCACUGUUCCCCACGGACAUGGAGUUUAUAUCAACUUUACCUUAUUGCAGACAGAGCCUGUCACUGAUUACAUCGCUGUCUGGGACGGGCCAGAUACGUCUAGUCCUCAGCUGGGAGUCUUCAGUGGCAACACGGCAUUAGAGUCGGCUUACAGUACCAGCCUGAAGGUCCUGAUCCGCUUUCACUCUGACUUUUCAACUGGAGGGUUCUUCAUUCUCAACUUUCAUGCCUACCGUUUGAAGAAAUGCCCUCCUCCCCCUGUUGUGGAAAAUGCAGAGGUGAUCUAUGAAGAUGAAGACUUCCAGAUAGGUGAUAUUGUGAAGUACCGCUGUUUACCUGGAUACACAUUGGUCGGAAAGGCAGAGCUUAUGUGUAAACUCAAUUCCCAUUUGCUUUUUGAAGCCCCGCCCCCAACAUGCCAAGCCCAAUGCCCAGCCAAUGAGGAGCGGUCAUCAUCAUCAGGAGUGAUACUAAGCCCCGGGUUUCCUAGCAACUACCCCAACAGCCAGACAUGCUCCUGGCUGCUCCAUAUGGUUGCAGGUUACACCAUCAAUAUCUAUGUAGAGAUGUUCCACAGCGAGAAACAGUUUGAUGAACUGGAGAUUUUUGAUGGAUCCUCAGGACAAAGCCCUUUGCUUGUCGCUCUAAGUGGUAACCACUCAUCUCAGCUAAACUUCACAUCUAAAACAAACCAGCUCUAUCUACGAUGGUCCACUGACCACGCAACAAACAAGAGAGGAUUCAAGAUACGAUAUUCAGCUGCCUACUGUAGCAUUAAUGAUCCUCCAGUGAAUGGGGGCGUGGUCAACCGAACUAAACUCCGUCCAGGUAGCAGACUUCAGUUCUACUGUAACAGAGGUUACCGCCUGGUAGGCUCAAGCAAUGCCACCUGCAGGCUCCACCCCAAUGGGCUUUUCCAGUGGGAUGCACCACCACCUUUUUGUCAAGCUGUCUCAUGUGGAAUCCCCCAGUCACCAGGCAACGGUAGCUUCAGCGCUAACCAGUACACUGUUGGUAGCCAGGUCACCUACCAUUGUAAUCAUGGUUACCACCUGGACCCUGGGGUUCCAAUGACAGCAGUGUGUUUGGAGGAUGGCAGUUGGAGUAAUGUUGCCUCAGCAUCCAGAUGUCUACCCAUCCACUGCCCCAGCAUUGAGGGCACCUUGUCAGAUCACAUGACCUACCGCCUGCUUUCUGGUAGGUCGGGAGAGUUUGGUUCUAUGGUGAUGCUGGAAUGCUCAACAGGGUACUAUUUAGGUGUAGGCCAUCGAACUCUUCGCUGCCUUGCCAACGGGACCUGGGAGGGGUCAGAUGACCCAGCUGCAUGCAAGAUCAUCUCCUGUGGUGAGCUUCCUUCUCCACCCUUUGGGACCAAACUGGGGACGUUGACUACAUUUGGAGCAACUGCAAUCUUCAUGUGUAACCACGGUUACACACUGGUCGGGUCUCAUGUCAGAGAGUGUGGCGCUAACGGGCUUUGGAGUGGAACGGAGACCAGGUGUCUAGCUGGUCACUGUGACUCUCCAGAUCCUAUAGUCAAUGGCCACAUUAGUGGAGAUGGCUCUAGUUACCGUGACACAGUGGUGUACCAGUGCAUGUUAGGAUAUCGUCUAAUGGGCACAUCAGUCAGAAUCUGUCAGCAAGACCAUCGGUGGUCUGGAACAACACCCGUCUGCGUCCCUAUCACUUGUGGUCACCCUGGAAACCCAGCCAACGGGCGAACCAAUGGCAGCGAGUUCAACCUCAAUGAUGUUGUCAACUUCACCUGUAACAGAGGUUACAUCCUCAGUGGAAAUGCUCGUGCCCAGUGCCGACUCAAUGGACAGUGGAGCAGCCCCCUACCUGUCUGCAAAGUGGUGAACUGUUCUGACCCCGGCCAUGUGGAGAAUGGCGUGCGCCAGUCUGGCCUACGUUACCCAGAAGUCUUCAGCUAUGGCGUAACUGUGGCAAUCCACUGCAAACGAGGCUUCUAUCUCCUGGGUUCUGCGCUCCUCACAUGCCAGCAUGAUGGACGAUGGGACCGACCAAUCCCUCACUGCCUAGCUAUUUCCUGUGGUGACCCGGGUGUACCCCCUAAUGCAGUAGUAUCUGGAACCCACAGUUGGACAUACGGUUCAGUGCUGCAGUACUCUUGUCUGCCUGGAGGAAUGCUGGUGGGCAAUGCUACUCGCCACUGCCAGGAGGACGGCACAUGGAGUGGAGCACCACCGUACUGCACUGGUGUAAGUCCAGGAGUCUGUGGAGACCCAGGGAUGCCUCCCCACGGUGCCCGUCUGGGAGGGGAAGAAUUUAAAACCAAGAGCCUGCUGCGUUUCAGCUGUGAGGCGGGAUAUAGUCUGAUUGGCUCAGCCGAGAGGACCUGCCUUCACAACUGCACCUGGAGCGGCACGCAGCCUGUCUGUCAAGCUGUAUCCUGUGGUAACCCUGGCACCCCAGCACAUGGCAGAAUUGUCUUCAGUGAUGGCAUCACUUUCGGCAGCUCGGUGGCCUAUGCAUGCUGGGAUGGCUUCAAAACAUCAGGCCUGACAACCAGACACUGCACAACAAAUGGGACAUGGACAGGACAACCCCCAGACUGCACUGUGAUCAGUUGCGGAGACCCUGGACCCGUAGCCAAUGGGAUCUAUCUAGGAAGUGAGUUUACCUUCAACCAUACAGUGACCUACCACUGUAAUCCUGGUCACCUGAUGGAACCACCUGGACGCAGUGUUCUGCACUGCACCAAAGAUGGAACCUGGAACCAAACCAAACCCAGCUGUAAAGUGAUCCAGUGUGGACCUCCUCCUCAAGUACAUCAUGGGAAAGUAGAAGGAACCGACCAUUCAUGGGGAUCGAGUGUGAGCUACAGUUGUUUCCAUGGUUACCAGUUGUCCACCCCUGCUGUGUUAACCUGUGAGGGAAAUGGGACGUGGACAGGAGACGUACCACAGUGUCUGCCUGUGCUGUGUGGCGAUCCUGGCUCUCCUGGAGGAGGAUUCAGAGAGGGGAACAUUUUUUCCUACCGGUCAGAGGUCAGGUUCUACUGCCAUGCCCCCUACUUGCUGGUAGGCUCUGCCUCCAGGGUCUGUCAAGCUGAGGGGAUUUGGAGUGGCCAACAACCAGCCUGUAUAGACCCAGCCUUCAACAACUGUCGUGACCCAGGAACUCCAGCCUAUGGUAUCCCGGUCAUGGCCCAGGGUUUUCAGGUUGGCAGUAAGAUUUCCUUCAAGUGCCGUAAGAACUACCACAUCCUUGGUUCCACCACAAGAACGUGCCUAGAAAACCUAACCUGGAGUGGAACUCAACCUGAGUGCAUAUCCCAUUCAUGCAGACAGCCAGAGACCCCCAGCAAUGUAGAUGUUCGAGCUAUGGACCUGCCUACCUUGGGAUAUACGCUGAUCUACACCUGUCAAGAUGGUUUCUAUCUGGCUGGGGGAUCAGAGCACAGAACCUGCAAAAGUGAUGGGAGAUGGUCAGGCAAACCUCCGCUCUGUAAAGUUGGAGUGAAGGUCAAUCCCAAAGGCAGAGGAGAGUCAGAUGUCCAGAAGAACAAGAUUCGAGUUCCAGUGGACGUGUUCUCUCCAAACUCUGAGUGGAGCGGUUUUUACGAGUAUCUAGGGAAGAGACAGGCCACCACAUUUACAGUUACUGGGUUCAAUGCUACCAGCGGCAGAGUUAACGUCACAUUGCUAGAGACCAGCGGAGUGUCAAUCAGACUGUCAGGUACCUAUAAGUCAGAGGAGAACCAGCUGCUAUUGAAGGUCUACCAGGUGAAGGGCCCGGCAGAGCAUUUCCUCAGCAAGUUUAAAAACGACAACUGGGCUAUGGAUGGAUAUGUGACUGCAGAAUCAGACCAGAAAACAUUUGUCUACCAGGGCCAUAUUCACAGUAAAGAUUUUGGCAAGUUCCAUCUGACACGGCAAGGCCCUGUAACCAUGGCAAUGGAUCCAUCCAACCCCUACACAAACAGCAGCUCUGUGGCAGCAGCCAUCUUAGUUCCCUUCUUUGCCCUCAUCCUGUCUGGAUUUGCCUUCUACCUCUACAAGCACAGGACACGUCCCAAGGUCCAGUUCAAUGGCUAUGUCGGCCAUGAGAGCUCCAAUGGCCAGGCAUCAUUUGAAAACCCAAUGUAUGACACCAACAUGAAGCCUACUGAGGCUAAGGCAGUUCGAUUUGAUACUACACUCAAUACAGUCUGCACUGUGGUAUAGUCCAACAAACCUGCCACUGCCUGUACAGUGGUUCAGUCCAGUUUCCCUGUUGCAGUCUGCGGUGUGGUUUCAGAGAAGAAAGAACAAACUUAUGAUUUGGACUCGUCACCGUGGGCAGUCUGUGUUGUAGCAUGCUGGUCCUCUGUCGGCAUAAUCUGCACAAUAAUGCAGCUCUGCUCCACCUCCUACCUGAACAAUGGUAUCAUCCACCUAUUCCUAUAGUCUGAAAGAGCGAAAUAAGUUGGAACCAAUAAACAAGGGAGUAAAUAAUAA